AUGAAGGGAUCGGCGCCGAGUUCUCCAGUCCUUGCUGCAGCUGCCGGUGAUAGAGUCGCGCUAGGACUAGCGAGUGGCGUGAAAUUCGGGAAGGCUCCGAAGGGUGACAAAGCGAAAGGAGGUGCAGCUUUAUUACAACCAUCAGAAGGCGAUAAAAGCGGUGUACUCUCCAAAAAAGGCAAGAUCAAGGGUGAUAAGAGUGGUAAAUACGGCAAGAGCAAAGGACCAGCACAACCACAAGCGGAUGCAAGAAGUGCACCGAUCACACCACGCGGAGCCCCUAGUUUCGUAGAAGAGAGUGCUACGGUAGAUGACCUAGUGGGCACGCAGGGCACGACACCCCUUGCUCCAGACGAGGAACUUAGAUAUGCGGGACUGACGCUUGGCGACGAUAGGCAGAUGGAGCAGAUGCUAGAUUUGCCAUUCGUAUCAGAUGACAGGAAUUAUGAAAUUGAAAUCAUUUUUGGGAUGUAAUUUCUACUCAUUAAGAUUCUCGAUCCACCUAGCAGGUGGCUAGUAAUUAUGUUUCUCCACUGCAAAGCCUAACACAAACCUCCGACUUAAGAUUAAGAGUAUCUCUACUACUUCUAAUACCCCAUAAAAGACGGCAUCCCACUCAUCGAGCAAGGCGGUUCCUCAUCUAGCACUGCCGGUCAAGCACUAGAACAACAACAACUUCCUUCCGCUUACGAUGACGUCACGCUGAUAGACCAGCCUUAUGAAACACCAGCUUUGUCGGAACUAGAAGACACACCCGCGGAGCGAGUUGACCAACAAAUGCUAGCGUUAUUGAGGAGGCUAGAGAAGCUGCCACAACCACAAGACGCAUCGAAAACCUCCUCAUGGGACGAGCUAGUCUGUGUGACACUUGUAGACGUGUUGCAAAUACUACCGCAAGAAGCAGUGGCGCUGCUUCUGAAACCCUCUAGUUCCGUGCCAGCUGGGCAGCCACCUGGGACGGAUGGGGUACGACACUUGAUUCUUGGGAAGUUCUUGAUGACCGAAUAAAUUGAUUCCUAGACCACUUUAAACUUUCUCACCGUGCAGCCCAACAUGAUCAAAUAUCGUCCCUCAGGUCUACCGCACCCUUCUUUACGACGUCGUUCUCGAAGCCGAAUGCCCCUCUACAGACAUGAUAGUGCAACCCAUGCAAUCUCUUGGAAUGGGUCUACGACUGUGGCUCUGUGACCUUUUGAAGCUGUCAGCGCAUAUACACCUCACGGAAGCAGAUUUUGCACCUUUCUGCUUGUUCUUCGGCCAGUUACUGACUACAGGCUGUGCAGAUCUAGCACUCCAACUCUUCCACAAGAUUCUAGUGUCCGAAAAAACGACCAUAACCAGGAAAGCGCAAGCAGAUGUGUUUGCAUGGUUAGUGCAAACAAGAGCAUUGACGGAUCUAGUUGUCUUGCUGCGAGGGGCGAAGCCGGGCUUUAUGAAAAGGGGAUUCGUUGUAAUACUUGAAGUUGAACGUCAAAUACAAAUUCAUGAUCACCAUGAUCAAAAUGGCCAUACCCCUCGGCUCAAACUCAAUAAGGCCUUGAAUGUCUCUACCCACUUUCCCUCCCUCUUUCAUCCCACCCUCCCUUUCAUACCCUCCCGAGACGACCCUUUCCUACAGGCAGGACCCGGUGGCGCAACUUCUAGUGCUGACCCACUUCGCGGUGAGUAUGGUAGUACACACCCCGCACCUGCAGGUGGCGCUGGUCCUUUGGUAGAGGCAGAAGGACGAUCAGAACGAGUCUCGAGCCCGUCUAGGAUGCUGAGAGGCGAGGACGACAGCUCUCCUGUGCGACAAGAGGGGGGUGGUGAUAGUUACGAAUGUGGCUUUAAUAUAUAAGUACUUAGGUUUUGCUAGGUACAAAAACAAAGGGCAAGAAACUCAUACUCAUUCAGUUUCAGAGUGCUACGUGUAUUUGAUCUCAAAAAAAAUCUGCAGCGCGGUGUUGAUUCCAUCUUUUCCUGGUGAACCUGGUUCUUCUAAUGUUCUAGCGGCUGCGCCAAACCAUUCACUGGGGAACAAGCCGACCGGGACGACCCCGAUGCUUCGGGUGCUGGUGGCGAUGCAGCCUCAGCGCCUAAGUUGAGACAGAAUGCGUCGAGUAAGCGGUUAGUAGGAGCAUUAUCUGCGUAUGAAGAUGCUGUGCGGAAGGAAUUUGGGUCUACUUCUGGGAGACGCGCAGGCUAUGGUUAUUCAGGAGGCACACGGACACCAACAGAUAUCCCUCUGGAAAGCAUAGUCGACUUCUUGUAUUUCUGCUCAAGGGAUGCUCAGGUAAGUCUAAGAAGUUAUCUUUUUUUGCAGCGUAUUCAUUAAUGCAUUGCAAAAGUCAAAUUAAUUCUAAAGAAUCUUUCGGACUGCUGAUGUGGGCAUCGUACCGAUUCCAGAAUUCUAAAGAAGCUUCUAAAAUUCGUGAUUCGAAAUCUCUUUCCAUAUGUAACCAUAAAUUUGCUACAUCGAGGACCACCAGGUAGACUUCCUAUCCCGUUUCUUGCCUGAAGUAGCGGAACCGGAGUUGCUGUAUAAGUAUGGCAGGCAAGCGCUUAGACGGACUGACGCCGUCGAAAGUAUAUACUGGCAAGGAGCUUUAGGCCCAUUGUUGCAGAUUACCCUUGCGGACGACGAUAUGCAUGGACUGUGCUUCGCGGCGGAAUUGGUAGUCUGACUCGUAAUUUUCUGGUCGCAGACGCAUGAUCCUAGAAAUGAUUACCAAUCAUGACAAAGAAAUGAUUUAUCAUGUGCCUAACGCUCCCACAGGUCCUGUGUUACCACGAUCGGCCGUUAUCACCAAUGUCUGUGGACGAUGCGUGUACAAGCGUCUUAGAGAAGCUGCGCGCCUUUGCUCUAGAGCUCCCAGCGACGGAAGAUACUUACAGGUAUAUUUGAAAACUCAAAAUAAGCGAGCUACUCACUGAAAUAAGAGAGUCUUGACUACGUUCCUCUUCAUUUUUCAGUACCUCGCUUAGUUUGCCAAGUAGGUACUCGGUUAUUUCAGUUUUUCGAAUAGUUGCGUUCGUCCUCUUGUAGAAGCGCCUGUCGUGCUGUCCAUCGCACUUCACAAAAAAUGUAGACAUUACAAUUACUCCUCUGAUCACUGCCUGGUUAUGCUUAUCGUGUCUAAGCACCUCAGAAAUAUCUAUAUCAUUUCCUCAACACUCUCAGAGCGUGGUCCUGUCUCUUUUUCCUAGUGGAGCGAUUUUUCGAGGGCCAGAUCUUGCGGUUCACGAGUGCGGCUUAUCGAACUAUAUGUUGCGCGUUUAUGGAACGAGGGAUGCUCUUUCACAACCGAGCUGAUAAAGAGUAUUACUUCUGAUGAAAUGAAUUGGUUUUGGUGGUUGGAUCUUAGUUGUCAUUCAGUCAUGAACGAUAAGCAAAACAGCAAUGAUCCUCUCAGCGCUUUCUUCAAGUGAUAUGGAUGGUUUUGGACAGCAUCUCUUUAUACCCACCCAGAUCCCCAAAAACCGACGGAAUAAGGACUUUCGCCCUGAAACUGCUUAUUCGUUUCCUUGCUCAUCCUGAUGUGCCAGUCGGUGUCCUAGCAGAAUUGCUUCUGAAGCAGCUAGAGCUGCUCCAGACGCUGUCAAUAGCAGACUUAGACCUCAUUAUGGCGCUCUCGGGGCAUGAGAGGUACAACUGCUUCUGGAUGAUAAUGAAAUGACAAAAAUGUGUGAGUACUGGUUGUGCUGACAACAUUUCUGAUGAUGCGAUCGUGCUGCACGAACUCCGUUUAAAUACCCGCUUUUCUGUUACCACAUUUUCCUUGCCAGCCACUGACACUGACUCUCCACUCAACACAGGUUAGGCGUCACCUACGGCCGUCGCUUUUUAGAGGUCCUUGGCCAAGCCUGUUUCCAGAACCCCUAUUUUGCGAGAGCUGCUAGUAUUCCUUUUCUCAAAUUAGUGGCGCGGUUUGCCGCUGAAGACGGCAUUUACGAGUUCAUGGAAGGACUGACGAAAAUCGGCCUGUCCUACAUCCUCAAAGAGCCUUUGAAAUGGAGGAACGCUUUAGUCGUAGACCUACUGACGAAAGUAGGGAAUCUGCAUGAGCGGGUCUCGGAGGCAGUGAAAAAGCCUGUUGUAGAGGCGGCAAUAACGUAUUUGCAGACUUUCAAGGGGUUGGUUUUGCAGCAGUCUUUGCGGCUUAUUUUGGAUUAUGGUCAGACCAAUCGUAUCAUGAAGUAUAAUUAUUUUGGUUUUACUAUUUAGCUUGCGGCUUAUUUUGGAUUUACUAUAAUUGAUCAGAACAAUCGUAAUCGUAUCAUGAAGUACGACAAUCAAAUCCAAAAACUUCUCUACUUACAACUCUGCUCUAACCUCUAGUCUUACACCUCUGCUCACACCUCUUGUCCCCUCUACUUACAACUCUGCUCUAACCCCUAGUCUGGCCAGAGGAGCUGCGCACAUUGCAAGACACCUUCUACAACAUGAACUAUGAGGAAGAGGACGCCGAGAAAGCAGGAGGCGCGGCUUCAAAUGGAGCCUCUUUAGGAGAUGGUCAGAGCCCAAAUCAUCCGACGCAUAUACCCCUUACCCACUUGCAGCCCAAAGGCGUCGACGAGCCUAUUGUGAAUUUCAACGCUAACCCACUGUUAGAGGGUGUUGAACUCGGGAAGGGAGAGAUGAGUUGAGAAGUGUGAUUCCACUGGGACAGUCUUAUUGCUACUAUGAUCCUGUGCAGUCUUAUUAGAUCAUAGCGUAUCGAGUCACUUGUUAUUGUUGAUAUGUUCAGUUUCUCAAUUUGAAAAGUCACUAAACAUUUUUACCAAAGCAAAGAAAUUACUCCUUGUUUGUUCCUCUGUUGUACAGCCUUGUUGAUUAGAUUCUUGUAUCAAAAGUCAUUGUAAGCUCCAGUCCUUUUUCCGUAAGCACGUAAAUUAUAAAAAUAUAGUAUUCGUGUCUCAUUGUCAUUACUUAUCAUGCUCUGGCCUGCGACGGGAACGUGCUCCCCAAGAACGCAAGAUCAGGGACUUCGACGGACAACUUCUUUUACCCUAUCGUUUGUUUUUCCGAGACCGAAUAUGCAUCACGAGCACGACACGCAUGAAGAUAGUUUUGAUUUACUCGUGUUGGCUAGAUAGUUUUGUGAUAACCUUUCUCAUUCUCACUUAAAUCAAUCAGUUCUUUUGAAACAACAAGCCAAAAUCAAUAGAUGAUACGUAGUGUUGGAUAUAAGCAGCUAGAUCAGACCACAUCACUGACUCGUUGUAAAAUAAGAUCUCAGUUCUUUCCCCGUUACUGCGUAGGGACAGGUUAGGGGUUACAAUAAUUUGGCACAAGGAAGAGAUGAGCUUUAUUUCUGCGGCAAUACUGGUUGAAUGUGCACGUGCAAUUCUAGAGGACGAGGAGAAUGAAAAGCUUUAAGUAUGUUGAACGGAUU